UGGGAGGCAACGGAGCCCUGCCCACUCGCUCGCUUCCCGAUCCAUCUCCACCAUCCGGCAGCCGAAGAAGAGGGAGCGGCUGGAAGCGGCGAGCGCCAUGGCCUGUCUCACGGUCUACAGCACUUCGGUGACCGGCUCUCGGGAGAUCAAAUCCCAGCAGAGUGAAGUGACCAGGAUCUUGGAUGGAAAGAAUAUCAAGUACAACCUGGUGGAUAUCUCUCAAGAUAAUGCCCUUCGGGAAGAAAUGAGGACCAAAUCAGGCAACCCAAAAGCCAUUCCUCCCCAGAUUUUCAAUGGGGACCACUACUGCGGGGACUACGAACUGUUUGUGGAAGCAGUGGAACAGAACACCCUGCAGGAAUUCCUGAAGUUAGCCUGAGCAUGUUUCUUCCCUGCCCCAUCCCUCCUCCCAACACAAAAACCACCCAGGACUUUGAAAUUCUGCAUUCCAGAUGGAUCACCUCCCAAGUGAUUGUCAGCUCUGUGCAACCAACCUCUUCUCCAACUGCCUCUGAAUUGUGUUCCC